AACACCGAGUCAAAGAUGCCGCACCAUUUCAUGUUUAAUCAAAUUGACAGAUUCUAUUCAACUAAUCCUCUCUAUUUCUUCAACCUCCCCACAUCUACCUAAUCUGAUCUCAAUUUCUAGGGUUUGUUAAGGUCGUUGGGUCUCUCCUCUCUAUAAUGGUGGUGGUUUCUAGUCGUUUCAUCAAUUCAGCAGUUCUUCAUGAUUCCGGUUCCAAUUCCAAUUCCAACACGAUGAUCAAUCUCCAUUGUAAUUCAACCGCAUCUUCUUCUUUGCCUUAUGUAGGUUCUCGGAUUCGCGUGAAUUUUAAGCCAGUUAAUGUUAGCACAUUCAGUUCUGAUAGAAGAUCAGGAUAUGUAAACCUAAAAUGCGAGGCAGCGUCGGGUUCUGACGCGAGAUCGGAAUCGGUAUCGAAAUCGUCCAGUUUUUCAGCAUUUGAGCUUCUCAAGACGUCUGCUGCUGAAAGAUACACAAAGGAAAAAAGUGGUAUUAUGGUGGUGGGCCUUAGUUUUCACACAGCACCGGUUGAAAUCCGCGAGAAACUUUCCAUUCCAGAAGCAGAAUUGCCUCAAGUAAUUACUGAAUUAUGUGCCUUGAAUCAUAUAGAAGAAGCCGCUGUUCUUAGCACUUGCAACAGGAUGGAGAUAUAUGCAGUAGCACUCUCCCAACAUCGUGGGGUUAAAGAAAUCACUGAAUGGAUGUCAAAAAUUAGUGGGGUCCCAAUUUCUGAUAUACGUCAGCAUCAAUUCUUGCUAUACGAAAGAGAAGCCACAAAACACCUAUUCGAGGUAUCUUCAGGGCUCGAUUCCUUAGUUCUAGGAGAAGGUCAAAUUCUUUCUCAAGUCAAACACGUUGUAAAAGUGGGUCAAGGAGUCCCGGGGUUCGAUAGAAAAAUCAGCGGGUUAUUUAAGCACGCAAUCACAGUAGGAAAACGGGUCAGAACCGAGACCCAAAUCUCAUCCGGGUCGGUUUCUGUCAGUUCAGCCGCCGUGGAACUAGCCCAAAUGAAGCUUCCGGAACAUUCUUUCGCUUCUGUAAAAGUUCUAGUAGUUGGAGCCGGCAAAAUGGGAAACCUGGUCAUCAAACAUCUCAUUUCAAAAGGCUGCAAAAAGAUUGUUGUUGUGAAUAGAACCGAAGAUAAAGUGUCAAAAAUACGCGAAGAAUUUGAUAAUAUCGAGAUUGUUUAUCGACCAUUAUCGGAUUUAACCUCGUACGCGUCAAAUUCCGAUGUUAUUUUCACGUGUACGGCUUCGGAAACCUUAAUUUUCACAAAAGAUCAAGUCCGAGGAUUCCCCGUGAAUCAAAGGUUGUUUAUAGAUAUAUCGGUUCCAAGAAACGUGGAGUCAUGUGUAUCGGAUGUUGAAGGAGCUCGUGUUUAUAAUGUGGAUGAUUUGAAGGAAGUGGUGGAAUCCAACAAACGGGAAAGGUUCCGGAAGGUUGUGGAAGCUCGAUCGAUCAUUCUAGAAGAAGUGAAAGAGUUUGAAAGUUGGAAAGAUUCCUUAGAAACAGUGUCGACAAUCAAGAAACUUAGAGCAUAUGGUGAGAGAAUUAGAGCGAGUGAAAUGGAAAAAUGUUUAGAAAAAAUGGGUGGGGAAUUAUCGAAGAAAAAUCAGAAAGCGAUUCAUGAUCUUAGUAAAGGGAUAGUGAAUAAGAUUCUUCAUGGGCCUAUGCAACAUUUGAGAUGUGAUGAAAAUGAAGGUCGGGAUUUGGAUGACAUACUUGAAAAUAUGGAGGCGUUGAAUCGGGUUUUUGGGUUGGAGAUGGAGGUUUCGAUAUUGGAGGAGAAGAUCCGGUCCAAAAUGGAGAAAUUUCAGAUUUGAAUUAGUUUAUUUGAUUUAUAUUUUUUUCAUUACUAUAUUUGGUAAUGAUAAUUUUGAGGAAAUGUAAGAGUAAAAUCCACAGUGUUCUUUUGAUUUGAAUCAUGAAUAUAAUCAACAUUUUCAAAGAUCA